CACUUCCGUCUGUCCUGGGAUUUUUGUUACUGGGGAUCACAGUUCAACAGAACCUACCUCAUUUUAUUUAAGGAGAGCAGUAUGUUGGCGUGGGUGUUGUCAGGGUGAGUGAACGGCCCUGAGCUUUGGCCAGAGAGCAGUUAUCAGAAACUGGCGCCAGCGGAGCAGGGGAGCAGGAGUUGCUGGCAAGGGAAUGGGAGGAGAGGAGCUGUGCAGUGUGAACACCUCAUGCUAAACUCAGUGGCAUUAAACAUAGGAGAGAAAGGGAUUAUCUGAGAAUCUGGUUGCAACAAACUUAAUUGCUGUUUGGAAAAAAAAAAGUUUGUGUUAUUGACCUGGAACCAGUGCUGGCUUUUAACAAUAGAACUGAUGUUAUGUGUAGUAUUUGACUUUGUUUUGGGUUUAUGGCCUGUUGUCAGUGUUCCAUUGCAAUUAAUUACAGCCUAGCAAUUCACAUGGAUUUCACAGCUAGGCCCUGCCUGAGGUCGUGCUUCCCUACCAGUCACCUAGCUUGUGAGAGCAGGAACUGUGGUGCACAGCAGUUUCUCAUCCGGGGUAAGUGGAUCGUUCUGGGACACCCAGCAAUAGUCCAGUCACAUGUAUUUCUGCAGCUUUGCAGACAUUACAAAUUACACGUAGUAACAUGUUGCUCGAGGUGAGCAGCCCGUUGUCGGUGCAGCCAAAGAGUGGCACUGCAGCAGAGCUCAUCACUCCUCGUUAGUAUAGUGGUGAGUAUCCCCGCCUGUCACGCGGGAGACCGGGGUUCGAUUCCCCGACGGGGAGAGUGCGUUGUUUUGCUGCGUGUGUGGGGAAGGAUCGCACUAUUCGAAGUCAACAAAUCUGUUGCGCUGCAGUGCGAUCUGAUGGCGCUCGGGGCACUGCUGGGCGAGCGGCGCUGCUGUUCUGCAGUAACGUCUGCAGCACGUGGCAGCCCUGAGGACAGGACACAAAAUGCUCCAGCUCGCAGCUUCUGCACGACUGCCAUCCCUGCCAGCCGCCAUGCUGCAGCCCUCAGGUUCCCAUCUGCUGAGAGACACUAAUGAAGUCAUCUUCCCAGCCCUGUGCUGGUGCCUGGCAGUCCCAGCCUUGGCUCUGGAGUUUGCUCAUAAGGAGCAGAGGCAGCUAGCAGGGAGCUGCACUUUCUAGAAGACUUUUUUCCUGUGUCUUCCUGCUUCAGAUCCAGCCUGCAUUUCUGUACAAAAAAUGGGUCUGCAAGGCCUCAGCAUUAUUCGGUUCCCCUUUAUAGAGGCAGCAAGUACAGCAGCGAGCGUGGAGUGUGGUGAGCUCUCAGCAACAGUGCCAAGCCCUUGGACAGCACUGCGAGGAAUGUCUGCUGGAGGAGUGUGAGGGAAAGGUGCCUUCAGGUUGGUCUGAGGGGCUGCAAUCCUGUGCUGGUGGGAAUGAGGCACCUGGGCUGUGGUCUCGACUAAGGAAUGAACACAGGACUACUUCCGGGAAGCACGCUCCUCGUGAAUGCUGCUGCUUUGUGAGUCGUGCUGGCAUUCUGCAGCAGGGCAUUUGCCUGUAGCGCAUUCAGGGAAGGAGCUACAGCACUGUCCACACCAAAACCUCCUGACUGGAAUAGAAAGUCCAAGAGUUGAGGGAACAGCAAAUGCAUUCGCUGGUGUUCCGGCAUCAGCUGUGGUGUGAUCACAGCAAUUCAGACUGGGAGGAACCCACCUGAUAGCCUCUCCCAGCUCCAAUGCUCUUUUGACUCCCUCUCCUUCCCCAGCACCCAGGCACACGGCUGCCAUGUCGCUGCCUGGAUGGCGGCAGCCCCUCGUGCUGCUGGCCGUGAGCUGCACCCAGAUGUACUGCUCUCUGUACACAAGCUAAAAAUAUCCCGCACUGUUCCUGUGAGGGCCCGCAGGCCGGGAAGGAGGCGGGGGUCAGGCGGCCUCUGGGGACGGCUCCCUGUGGGCUGUGGGGGAUGGGAGGCAUCCAGACACAGCCCGGUGCUGUGUGAGGAACCUGGGGUUUGUCACAGGAGGGCUGUAUCAGCUGAUAAGGAGAAGGAAUUGUUCCUCAAGUACACUGAGGAUCAGGAGGCAACGUGUGGAGGACAGCCUGGUAUCCCUUGGAGCCCGGGGCAGGGCCCUGUUUGGGCCGAGCAGAACUGGAGAGAGAUUUCUCCAGCUGCGUUUCUCAUCUGAAGGCAAUAAUUUGGUCCUCCUGCUCUUCUCUUUGCGCUGCUGGACGGACUAGUGGAAGGCAAUUAUGAAGAUAAAUGUUUUUCCACCUCCCUGCAGGGCAUUUGUGAUUUAAAGAAAGGCUCAGCAGAGGUUACCACAGGCGGUUACAACAGUUUCUGAUUGCUGGGCUGAUUUCUGGACCACACCAUUGCUCUGCUCAGACACUGCUGAAGUUAUUCAGCCCUACAAGAUGACAAGAAAGAGAGGGACAUUUUAUAACAAUGUAGAAAAUGAUUGGCAAAGCUCCAUUUGGGGGAUAUUUUUGUCAGUCCUACAGUUUCUUCCUUUGAAGCACCUUAACCAGCUGUGCUCAUGGCAUGGCUGGGAAGGACCGAGGACCACGUCUGUGUCACGGGGCUGUGGGCUACUGUCCUGCAACACUGCCUGCUCCAGAAGCAGCCACUGCCCCGUCAGAUGCGGCCCUCCUCUCCGGGUUUGUGUUCCGUCUGAUUUCUGGGGUCAGAACAGACUAUUCCUUCAGGACGGCUGUGUCAGAAGGAAUUAAAAGCUUGCUACUGCAGAUCCCUCAGCCCUACCCAGAAGCUGACAUUCACCCCCAGAGCACUGGGGCGAUAGGAUCAGGCUGCUUACGAGGAGGAAGAAGGGGGAAUACCUCUGGAAAAUAUUUUCUCACCCCUCUUCAAGGUCCGAGGCAGAGCCCCAGUGGUUGCCCCAGCCAGCUCCCAGCACAGCCCAUCAGCACCAAAACCCCACAUCAAAUGCAUCAGUAGUGCUGCUGGGGGACAGCUGGCAGGACCCCCAGGUGGGAGGAGAGCCAAGAAUAAAUUAAGGCACAGUGUGUGAACAAAUGGCAAUUCUGCACCUGCUGAAGGGCCCAGGGUCUCUGCUUCUUGUAGGCUACCAAUUAGCUGCCUGUCCUGGAGCAGCAGGUUGGGUAGAGGGAGGAAGAGGUGGGGAGGGGCUUGCUAGGGGUGAGACAGAGACCCCUGCACCUGAUUGGCAGCUGAUGGAGGCUUUUCUUACUGCUUUUGAAAAGAUAAUGUUACUACAGCUGCUCAGUGUUAGUGUUAGGAGCCAAAAUCAGUGCUAAUGAGGUCCUGCAGGUGUACCCUGAUAAGGGCUGAUGCAGGGCAGCUGGCUGGGGUUUGCUGGGCUGCUCCAGGUGCCUGGAAGGCAAGAUGGAAACAGGAGAGCUGGAGGCUUAAACAGCCUGAGGGAGAGCAGCGAGCUGGGAAAUGGGCUUCAUUUUUGUCUCUCAUAGUUCAAAAAAAAAAAAAUGGUUGAGUUAUCAUUCUUUGAUACAAUAUUUCUUUAAAUUGAUUUUUAAUGAAAACCAUGCCUCACCUAUGGCUUAACACGGCAAAUCUUGAGGGAGAAGGGAAUAGGUCCCAAACUGUGAGUAAGCACACAUGGGGAGUAAUAACUGAUUCAGAGCCCUGACGUGCUGCUGGCACCCCCUGCUCUGUCACAGCUGAGAGCCCGUGCAGCACUGCGGGUGCUGGGCCGGCUGCUCCCUGGGCACAGCCUCACACCUGCGCUUGGGCCCAGCGUGGGGCAGCACGUGCUGGGGUGCACCCGAUCGCUCGGUUUUUAUUGCAAAAUAAAUUCAACCCGGGAUCAGCUGCCCGCACUCCAUCCAGAAUGAAUUCGACAGAGGCUGUCUGAGAGAAAAGUAAUCCUUGCCGCGUGAAGCAGUAUCAGCGUAGAACACUACGUUUAGCUGAUUUCUCCCCGCUGCCUUUGGUAAGAAGGCAGCUGAGAUUCGGGGAGGGGUGCACUCAGGAACGCGCUGAUCUCAUUCAGCUGGGCCCCUCUCCAGUUAAACGGGGAUUUCUCGCUGUUGCAGCUCCAGCGCUUCGAGUACCUCUCCCCGCCGUGCCUCUCUGUCCUGCAGCCGAUCUAAACGAUGCGUUUCCUGCGCUGAUUUCCUGACGGCGCGUCCUGCCGCGGGCCGCUAAGGCAGGCAGCGGGUGCUGGUGCGCGACGGCAGCCGGAGGAGCUGCAGGAGAACGCCGAGGAGAGGAGCCGCGAGCAGCUGCAGGGGCCGUGACCCAGCUGAGCUCGUCCCGUUCCCAGCCGGGAUUCUCCACCCCGCGCUGGGUGGGAUCUGCCCGCUCCCCUUAAAGCGCAGGGUCGGCUCGUUCGGAGGGCAGCGGGACGGUGCUUUGUGGGACGUGACGCGGCUCGCUCCGUUCGUUCCAUGGCAGAACUUGAAGCCAGAGAAGCCUGUGCCUGGCUGCGGGCCGCCGGCUUUCCCCAGUAUGCCCAGCUGUUUGAAGAUAUGCAGUUUCCUAUUGACAUAAGGACUGUGAGGGAAGAUCAUGAAUUUUUAGAUGGGGAUGCGAUCGAAUCGCUGUUCAGACGACUGAACUCGCUGAAUAAAUGUGCACUGAUGGAAGUGGAAAUAAACCGGCAGAGGGAACAGAGCGAUGACUCUGAUGAUGAUGAACCUUGUGCAAUAAGUAAUAAAUGGGCGUAUGAGCGGUGCAGCCAGAAGUGGUUUCGUCUUGAGAGCCUGGAAGGUUCUGCAGAAGGUGCUAGUGCAUCCCUCCCAGGCAGUCCAGUGCUGAAGGGCACCGGCAGUGAAGACGGAAUCCUUUUGGAUCGUGGCGAGAAACAUGAUGUGUCCUCAGUCCACAGCACUAGCAGCGGUGACAGUGAUGUUGUUAGCUUCCCAAAGUCUUUCGAAGAUGUGGAAACCAGCCCCAGUUCCUCCAGUAGAGUUGCUUCACUGGAAUCGGCCUUUCAUUGUUCACCUCCCCCCAGCAAAUGUUUAAAUACCACCAGUGAGAAGAAGCUUUGGGAUAAGUCGCCAUACAAAAAGAGGAGGAGCCUUCUAAAGAAAAUGGAGAAGUUGCACUUCAGGAGCCGCGGCUUAAGGAGUGGUCAGUCAAAGGCCAAACCCAUCAUAAGUGAACCUUUGCUUCUGGAAGGACUUAAUGAGGAGAAGAUGAAGAUGCUUAACUGUGUAAAUAUCGCUGACCUCCCUGGCGUCCAAACAAAGAACAAUUCUUCCGGUUCUCCUCAUAGCUGCAGUAGCAGCAAUAAGCUUGAAAACAGCAGAACAGUGAGCACUGCACGUCCUCUUAAAAAACCAGAAAGCUGCUGUGAGAGAAAGGGGAGGUGUGCAGAGGACUUGGAGUCUAGCAAGCUCUUGCUGCAGAGCGAUGUAUCUCAGGGAAAACUGAACAAUGAAGAAAAGUUACAAACGAACCAGAUGUUUCAAGUACCACAUGGCCACAAGCCUGGCACUUUCCCCAAAGCCCUUACAGACAGUCCCGUGUCUCCAGUAAAUGACUCUCCUGUCACCUGGAGAGCUGGGUGCAGAAGGAACCAGAGCAGAAGCAGGUCCAAGGACUCCAAAGCCCCCAGCAGCCCCCUCUCAGGCACAGAUCACAGGCUAAGUGUGUAUGACAACAUGCCUGAUGUUGAACUUGAUAAGCUAGAGGCAGCAGAAGGUGGUGAUGACGAUGUUUUUUCAGAACUGAACAAUGUUAUAGAAGAUGUCAAGGGUCUCAGAAAGCUGGUUGAUCAGUGGACAGAGAAGUUCUCGGAUGAUGGGGAUUUGGACUUUGCCAGUGGCUUGACCACUCUCUGUCCAUCCUUGCCUAAGGAAAUCUGUCUCGACACAGAGCACUCAGAAGUUAAGAGAGCAGCUGUGCUGUCCACUGAGGGAGGGAACAGCUGUGAACUGGGCAAGGAGCUCAGUUCUACAGAGAUGGCAUUCAGAACAGACCCUACAAAGACCAACAGGAAGCAACAUGGCUCUGUGGAAGACAGCGGGAACGUGGGGGGCUUCUCCAUGCGGGCGGACGGUCAGCCGGCCACACAGCUGGCCCGGGCACAAAAGCUGGCUUUGCUGAAACUCACUGCUGUCAUGGACAGAUACUCCCCUUCCAGUAAGCAGGGCUGGAACUGGACUAUCCCAAAGUUUAAAAAAAUAAAAGCCUCUGACUACAAGGACAAAAAUGUCUUUGGGGUCCCCUUGCUGCUGAACGUUCAGCGAACAAGCCACCCGCUGCCUAAUGGCAUCCUGCAGGCGCUGGACUAUUUAAGAAGCCACUUUCUUGACCAGGUUGGCCUGUUCCGAAAAUCUGGUGUUAGAUCCAGGAUCCUGUCUUUAAGAGAAAUGAAUGAAACCAGCCCAAACAACGUGUGCUACGAAGGGCAGUCAGCGUUUGACGUGGCAGAUAUGGUGAAGCAGUAUUUCCGAGACCUUCCCGAGCCUAUAUUUACCAGCAGGCUCUGUGAGUCCUUCCUCCACAUCUACCAAUACGUGCCAAAGGACCAGCAGCUGCAGGCUGUCCAGGCUGCCAUUCUCCUUCUGCCAAAGGAGAACCGAGAAGCUUUGAAAAUUCUCCUGUUCUUCCUACGCGAUGUGGUCGCAUGUGUUGAGGAAAACCAAAUGACCCCAACCAACCUCGCGGUCUGUCUCGCGCCAUCGCUGUUCCACCUCAACACGCUCAGGCGGGACAGUUCCUCCUCCUCCACGCGAUCGAGCCAGAGGAAGUGCAGCCUGGGGAAACCGGACCAGAGGGAGCUGAGUGAGAACCUGGCAGCGACGCAGGGCUUGGCCCACAUGAUAACGGAGUGCAACAGACUCUUCCAGACUGACUUCCCAGCUUGACCUCGGCCCUUCCUCGUUGUUAUGGACUUUGCUGGCAAUUCCUGGACUGUGGCUCACCCUGGCUGCUGUCACCCAUCUUGAGCCUGCCCUGCUUGCUGCUGCCCCACCUCACUGGCUCACUCAGCCUUCCUCACCACGGAUGUGCCAGAUGAUCUGCAUUCUGGGCUGGCCCUGUCUGCCACGCUCUCAGGUACUGUGGGAUGGGGUGGCUUGUCCUGCAGCAUUGUCCCAGGUGAUUGCCAGUCCCCUUAUCUCAGGGAGCCCUUGGUGCACCCCCAACAUUCAGCUCUGGUCAUCUUGCACUCUGCUCUGAGCAGCGUGGAGCUGCCUUUCUGCUCCUUCCCCAACGUGAGCCCUGCAGCCCACUGCCAGCCCCGUAGCCUCCACCUGUGCCCCCUGCUCCAGCUCAGCUCUUCAUUUCCUUGGGGGUGUCCUGAACCCCUCCUCCUGGCUCUCAGCCCUGGCACUGCAGUGUAACCUCCUGGAGCUGCCCUUGGGCCAGCAGCCAUCCCACACCUUCCUGCUAUCCUGGUGCAUGGUGAGGGGCCAUGACCACGUCCUCCACCCUUCUGGAGAGGGGCCUGGUGCCGGGAGUUGGGGACACUGGAGCCAGGGAUGAUCCCCUUCCUGAUGGUGACCAUGAGGAGAGGCCUAUGCAGAGCUCCAACAGGACAUGGACCCACUCAUCCAGACCUACGCCUUUUUCACCGGGGCUAUUCUGAGCCAUCACUGGACCACAACUCACCCUGGCUGCUGUCUCCAGCCUGGCUUAGUCACCACCGAACAGCUGAUGCUGGAACGUGUGCUCAGCUGCCCAGCACUGCUCAGCUACCAGUUCACUAACACCUUCCAUGCAAUAAGCACCCUGAGUACCAGGGCCGUGUGCUGGGUAUGAGGGAUGCCAGAGCCAACAUGAAAAGUCAGGUGCCCUGCUCCCCAAUGGACUGGUAAAUAAGGUAAGGAGGGUGCUGGGCCUCAGCGCAGCUGUCAUGUUGAUGCAGGAGUGGGGGGGUGACUUUACAGUGCGUGGAGGGGGUCGCAGGGGGGGUUUCUUGUACUUCCCAUCUCUCAAACUCCAGGAUAAAGUACAGCCCUGGGCAGGGGCCUAAAGAGCAGAAAUGUUCCUGUGAGCAGAAGGGCUCUGAGCUGUGCCCCCAGUACCAGUUGUCUGCCUCUGUACCUGUGGCUUCUGCACUUACACUUCAGUUCCCUUCUCUUUCCCCCUCGGGGUGCUGCUCCCCUAGAGAACCUUCCCUUGCCGGU